AUGUGGGCCUUGCGGGCCUCCGUCCGCCCAGGGGCCUGGGUCUCCCGCGUGGUUCGCGGCCGCGGGGCCCCGAGAGCUGCGCCGCCGUUGCCGGCAUUCCCGCAUCGCGCGCUCGCCGCCUUCGGCCCCGGGGGCCUCAAGGGCCCCGGAGGUGGUGCACGGGGCCCACGGGCUGAUGGCCCGAGCAGCCGAGCGGGAGAGGAGGAGGAGGAAGAGGAGGAGGAGGAGGAGCUACUGAGGAGGGAUCCUUUGCUGCCGGCGGGGACCCAGCGCGUGUGUCUGAUUCACCCUGAGGUCAAGCGGGGACCGCGGAAGCAGCAGCGGACCGGAGCUGAGUGGCAGGUGGCCGAAGCAGAAGCACUGGUCCACACACUGGAUGGCUGGUCGGUGGUGGAAAGGAUGGUGGUGCCCACCAAAACACCCGACGGAAAGCUCAUCUUCGGCAAAGGGACUUUGGAGCACCUGACAGAGAAAGUCAGAGGGUCGCCUGAAGUCACGGCGGUCUUUCUGAACGUGGAGAGGCUGGCCACGCCGACCAAGAAGGAACUGGAAGGCAGCUGGGGCGUGCCGGUGUUCGACCGAUUCACGGUGGUGCUUCACAUUUUCCGCUGCAACGCCCGGACCAAGGAGGCGCGUCUGCAGGUGGCACUGGCUGAGCUGCCCCUUCUCAGGUCCCGCCUGAAAAGCAGCACUGCCCGCCCGGAUGCACAGGGACGGGGCUCGCGCUAUAUCAUGGGGUCAGGAGAAUCGUUCGUGCAGGUGCAGCAGCGCCUCUUGAAGGAAAAGGAAAUGAAGAUCCGGAAGGCCCUGGAGAGACUGAGGCAGAAACGGCGGCUCCUGGGGAGGCAGCGGAGGCGGCAGGAGUUCCCGGUGAUCGCCGUGGUGGGGUACACCAACUGCGGAAAAACCACACUGAUUAAGGCCCUGACCGGCGAUGACGCUGUCCAGCCCCGGGAUCGGCUGUUUGCGACACUGGACGUCACAGCUCACGCCGGCUGGCUGCCCUCCCGCAUGGCCGUCAUCUACAUGGACACCAUCGGCUUCCUCUCCCAGCUGCCGCACAGCCUCAUCGAGUCCUUCUCUGCCACCCUGGAGGACGUGGCCCAUUCAGAUCUGAUCAUCCACGUGAGGGACGUGACCCACCCUGAGACGGAGCUGCAGAAAGCCAGUGUCCUGUCCAGCCUGCACGGCCUGCGCCUGCCCACCCCCCUGCUGGACUCCAUGCUGGAAGUUCAUAACAAGACGGACCUGGUGCCCGGGUAUAGCCCGGCGGAACCCCAGGCUGUGGCCGUGUCCGCCCUGCGGGGGCUCGGGCUCUCAGAGCUGAAGGCGCGGCUGGAGGACGCCGUCCUGAGAGCCACGGGGAGACAGGUCCUCACCCUGCGGGUCCGGCUGGCGGGCGCCCAGCUGAGCUGGCUGCAUCAGGAGGCCACCGUGCAGGCCGUGGACGUGAUUCCCGAGGCCGGGGUGGCCGAUGUCACCGUCGUCAUCAGCAAGUCCGCCUACGGCAAGUUCAGGAAGCUCUUCCCCGCGUGAGCGGACGUCGUGUCCGCCGCCGUCUCUGGGCCUCCUGCCGCCCCCUCCGUGGCCGCUCCGGGAGGAGGGGCCGGCAGCCGGACGUCGAAGGUCAGCUUGCCGGUCGACUGAGCGGCUCCUCUGCCGGCGGACAGCGCGUGCCUCGAGAGAGUGGACGUGCCUCCCGCGGGGUCCGGCCGCAGGACACGGCUCCCUGCUGCGUCCACGCGGGGGCCGCCCUGCAGGAGGACGUCCCGCCCGUGCCGGCCGAGAGGGGGCCGGUGGCGGCUUCCCCGUCCGCCGCGUGUCGCAGACUCAGCAGCCAGGCCUCCUGCUCCCCACGGAGCGCCCUGGAUGUCCGGACGGUCUCCCGGAGGCCCGGAAGCCUCUCGGCACAGGCCGUGGGAAAACACGGCGCGUCCUUGAAUCGGCACGAAACGGGGGUGCUCCGCGCUCGCCGGCAGCCGGCUGGGACGGGGGCAAGGCUGGAGGGACCACAGCUUUGCCACGGCCGUCAGGGACUGGGGCUGUCUUCACCAAAGCUCCCAGGACACAGGACAGGACGCCGGUCCCUCUGCCGUUAAGAGACGUUGCUCAGACAUUGCAGAGGGGCCCGAGCCCAGUGCUGUUCCCCGUUCUCCGGAGGGGACGGUGACGUGAGUGCCCACACUGUUGCCACCUGGGACCGUGUCGUGCUUGGUUUGCCCCUUCGAUGCGUGCUCACCCUUACAGCGGUGCUGUGGGAGUGAUUCCAGAUCUCGGAACUCUGGGAUUAAGGAAAAAACACCCGCACCCUGCCUGGGGGUCUGCGGGGCGGGGGAGGCUUUCUUGCGGACAGGGAGCGUUCUCCUCACUGCGGCGUGAGAUGAGAAGACGGCUUGGGGAAGCGGGUCGCCGCAUUGCUGGCGCGGAAGACGGGGGGACGCUGGCAGUCGGGGACAGCAGGGAGCACGGGGACCGUGGAAGCCGGGUUCCCACCCGCAGGCCCCAUCCCUGACGUGGGCCCCGGGAGACCCCCGUCGGCGUGCUGGCCUGCGGGACCGU